GCUAUAAGGCGUGGGGCUUCGCGCCCUCAGACCUUUAAGGAGACAGUGCGCAUGCGCCACCCUUCUCUCUUCUUUUCCGGCUGGAACCAUGGAGGCUGUUCCAGAGAAGAAAAAGAAGGUUGCCACUGUUCCAGGAACCCUGAAGAAAAAGGUUCCUGCUGCUGGGCCAAAAACUCUCAAGAAAAAGGUUCCCGCUGUGCCAGAAACCCUUAAGAAAAAGCGAAGGAAUUUCGCAGAGUUGAAGGUGAAGCGCCUGAGGAAGAAGUUUGCCCUGAAGACACUUCGAAAGGCAAGGAGGAAGCUCAUCUAUGAGAAGGCAAAGCAUUAUCACAAGGAGUACAGGCAGAUGUACCGCACUGAGAUUCGCAUGGCCAGGAUGGCAAGGAAAGCUGGGAACUUCUAUGUGCCCGCAGAACCAAAGCUGGCCUUUGUCAUCAGAAUCCGAGGUAUCAAUGGAGUAAGCCCAAAGGUUCGUAAGGUUCUGCAGCUCCUUCGUCUUCGACAGAUCUUCAAUGGCACCUUUGUUAAGCUCAACAAGGCUUCAAUUAACAUGCUUCGGAUUGUGGAACCAUACAUUGCAUGGGGGUACCCCAACCUGAAGUCAGUAAACGAGCUCAUCUACAAGCGCGGCUACGGCAAAAUCAACAAGAAGCGGAUCGCCUUGACAGAUAAUUCCUUGAUUGCUCGGUCUCUUGGUAAGUUUGGCAUCAUCUGCAUGGAGGAUCUAAUUCAUGAGAUCUAUACAGUUGGGAAACGCUUCAAGGAAGCAAAUAACUUCCUGUGGCCCUUCAAAUUAUCUUCCCCACGAGGUGGAAUGAAGAAAAAGACAACUCACUUUGUGUCACCCAUGGUAUUUUUGUAA